AUGGAGGAGACAGUUGCAGUAGAGGCCCCCAGGGCAGACAGGAUGCCUGCACUGAAUGCACUGCCCUGUCAGAAGCCCAGAAUCUUGAGCCCAGUCUGGGGACUUUCAGAAUCCCCAAGCCGCCAACGCCGUCACACACUCCCGGCCAGUGAGUUCCGCUGUCUCUCACCAGAAGAUGCCAUCGGUGUGUUUGAGAUUGAGCGAGAAGCUUUCAUUUCUGUCUCUGGCAACUGUCCCCUGUACAUAGAUGAGAUUCGGCACUUCCUGACCCUCUGCCCAGAGAUGUCGCUGGGCUGGUUUGAGGAAGGCCGGCUUGUAGCCUUCAUCAUUGGCUCCCUCUGGGACCAGGACAGACUGACACAGGAGUCUUUGACAUUACACCGGCCUGGGGGCCACACUGCUCACAUUCAUGUGCUUGCAGUACACCAUACCUUCCGCCAGCAAGGCAAGGGCUCUGUCUUGUUGUGGCGCUACCUGCAACACCUAUGCUACCAGUUGUCCGUUCGCCGAGCUGCACUUAUGUGUGAGGACUUCUUGGUGCCCUUCUAUCAGAAAUGUGGCUUCCAGACGGUGGGUCCAUGUGCAGUCAGUGUGGGCACCCUAUCCUUCACUGAACUCCAGUGCCCAGUGCGAGGUCAUGCCUUCCUUCGAAGGAACAGUGGUUGCUAA